ACGACUCUUUGCGAUCUCUGGCCUUGUCCUUAAGAGUAAGUCACAGAGACUGAAAUAAAAACACGCUCCUGCUCAUAGACAGACACAAUGCCAAAGGGAUUCCUUGUCAAACGUUCUAAAAAGACGGGUCCUGUGUCAUACAGGAUGCGCGAGGAGGAAGACUUGGCGCUGGUCGCCGCUGACAUCUCUCCGCCAGUGGAGACAUAUCCAGUUUAUGCGUCUCCCUCGGUGUGUUACAAUAACUUUUUCAUCAGAUUCCCGGUACGGGGUAUUUUCGGGGGGAUGCCAGAAUCCUUCUGCGCGCCGUCACUGAGCCCAGCGCGUCCUGACAGCGAAGGAUACCCCUACCCAGCCACGGAGGCACCUCAGCAGAUCCCCAGCUCUACUUCUCCAGCGCCAGCAGAGACGUUUCCUGAGGCAGAUUUGGGAAGCUUCGGGAUCAACGGCUCACCGGAGAUGCCUUCUCUUCCGGAGAUGACCACCAAGCUUGACACCUUAUCCGGCGGUACGAAAUCUGCCUCAGUAAAGCGACCAAGAUCCUCCAAACCCAAAUCUCACCAGAACAGCAGUAAAAAACGUAAAACCUCAAGUCCGUCUAACCAAGAGAAGAAAGCCAAUGUCCGGGAUGAAGUUACCACGUCUCCAGUCUUAGGUUUGCGGAUAACAGAGGAGGUUGAGGAUGAGGUGAAGCAGCGCUCCAACACUGGCAGUCCGUUCGGAGAAUUUGUCUGCCAACUUUGCAAAGAGCGCUACGCUGAUCCUCUCACACUGGCCCAUCACAAGUGCUCGCGCAUUGUCAGAGUCGAAUAUCGUUGUGACGAGUGUGACAAAGUGUUCAGCUGUCCCGCUAACCUGGCAUCGCACAGGCGCUGGCACAAGCCAAAGGGAGUCCAAAUAGAACGGGGUUCCUCGCCAAAGGAGGAGAGCCGACCAUCUACACCGACCGGGAGAGACGCGCUUUCCCCGCAGCCCUCUGAUUCAAGCUUUGAAGAAGACAUGUUUAACUGCCCCCAGUGCUCAAAGAAAUUUCGGCGCCAAGCAUACCUGAGGAAACAUCUGGCUUUGCACAACCGGAAAGCUGCUUCUAAUCUUCCAAGCCACACAACUUCAACCGUAUUCACAGAACAACUGAGUAACGCCCUUGACCCCACCUUGCUCCCAGUGGAGACGGCGGAGACCUCCGCACUUCACCCGGAGACAGGGACAAGGGUGACAGGGGAGGUAUUCCCGUGUCGGUUUUGUGAUAAUACCUUUUUCUCCUCCCCUGGCCUUACUAGACAUAUCAACAGAUAUCACCCAACGGAGAGUAGACAGGUAAUUGUUCUGUCCCAAAUCUAGCUGAGCAGAGAAUUUCUGUUCACAAAGGAAAUCAGCUGAUGUGUUUCUAUUGUCUGUGUAGUGUUUAGUUCAGGAAAAGUUUUGUUUCCUACAAAAGUACUAUAUUUAUCUACCAAUAAUUUAUUUUAAAUGUAUUUAUUUAUUUAUAUAUUUAAUAAUGUAUGUUUUUAUUUAUUUAUUUGUAUUUGUUUAAAUGGUCUUUUGACUGCGUAAAACCAAAAGAAGAUUUACGCAUACUGUGACUUUUUCGAAUGAACAGUGAUAUGUCUGGAAGCACAUUAUCACCCAAAUGU